AUGAACAGCCCCGAGCAAUGCCAAGGAGUCUGCGACGGCGCCCCCUGCAGGGCCCGGGGCCAGAAACGCCGCUGCAUGUCGGCUGUGGAGCAGGGCUCCUGCCCCGGUGGCGACCCGGAGGCCAAUUGGGAGAUGGAGGAGGAGGAGGAGGACCGUUUCCUGGGCGUGCCGCUGCGGAGGUCGUGCAUGUCGAGGGCCUCCUUCCGUGGACGGGACUCCUACCGGCGCCACAGCUGGGAGCCGGGCAAGAAGCUGCAGAGCGACCCGGACUACGACCAAAUGAGCGUGAGUUUGAAGGGCCUGGCCCCUGAGGAGCUCGACUCCGCUGCGGGGCAGUUGGAUGGCUUCUCCCGACACCGCAGGGACCCCCGCCGGGCCCCCAUCAUCCGCAGCAACGACGAGUUGGAGUCCCUGCUCUCGCAGGACGAGGAGGAGGAGGAGGACCUGGAGCGGGCUCAGGAAGACGCCAGGAGUCUGCAGGCCUAUCGGACCGGGCAGAACCCCGCCUCCAGCGCCCUCUCCAAGUGCAUUUCCCUGAGCGGCAUCGACCGCUUCCCGGAUGCGGAUGAAAUCUCCCUCUUCGCUUCUGGGAUGGACCUCGCCAAUGGCUUUAAUGCCGGGAGCUGCGGACAGCUGGACGCUGCCGGGGAGGCCGGAGACCAGGAGAACCAGCGCCGGGAGGGAAGCCCUCUGGGACGAACCCUGAGCUUCUUCAUGAAGAUGACGGGCAAGUCGAAGAACAAAGAGAAAGAGAAGAUGAAGGAGGGCAAGGAGAAGGAUGCCCGCUACACCAACGGCCACCUCUUCACCACCAUCACCGUCUCGGGUAUGACCAUGUGCUUCGCCUGCAACAAGAGCAUCACGGCCAAGGAGGCGCUCAUCUGCCCCACCUGCAAUGUCGCCAUUCACAACCGCUGCAAGGACACCCUGCCCAAUUGCACCAAGGUCAAGCAGAAGCAACAGAAAGCCGCCGCGCUGAAGAACAACUCGGCGCUGCAGAGCGUGUCCCUGCGGAACAAGACGACCACAAGGGAGCGUCCCAACUCGGCCAUCUACCCCGCCGAGAGCUUCCGCCAGACCCUGCUGGGCUCCCGCCGGGGGCGGCCCGCCCUGUCCCUCUCCAAAAGCGUCUCCACCACCAACAUCGCAGGGAACUUCAAUGACGAGUCGCCCCUGGGUCUCCGGCGCAUCCUAUCCCAGUCCACCGACUCCCUCAACAUGCGCAACCGGACGCUGUCGGUGGAGUCGCUGAUCGACGAAGGGGCCGAAGUCAUCUACAACCAGCUGAUGAGCAACUUCGAGACGGAUGAGCAGGACUUUGCGGCCGACUCCUGGAGCCUGGCGGUCGACAACAACUACCUGCAGCAGCACAAGAAGGAGGUGAUGAAGCGCCAGGACGUCAUCUACGAGCUGAUCCAGACCGAGAUGCAUCACGUCCGCACCCUGAAGAUCAUGACCAACAUGUUCCGCAAGGGGAUGCUGGAGGACCUGCAGAUGGAGCCGGCCCUGGUGCAGAGCGUGUUCCCCUGCGUGGACGAGCUGAGCGAGAUCCACGACCGCUUCCUCAUGCAGCUGCUGGAGCGGCGCAAGGAGUCGCUGGCCGCUGACAGCAACAAGAACUUCGUCAUCCACCGCCUGGGGGACGUCUUGAUCCAGCAGUUCUCCGGCCCCAGCGCCGAGCAGAUGAAAAAGGCCUAUACGGAGUUUUGCAGCCGGCACAACAAGGCUGUGAAGCUCUACAAGGAGCUGAUCGCCCGGGACAAAAGGUUCCAGCAGUUCAUACGGAGGCUGACCCGCUCCUCAGUGCUGCGCCGGCACGGGGUGCAGGAGUGCAUCCUGCUGGUCACCCAGAGGAUCACCAAGUACCCCGUCCUCAUCGACCGCAUCCUGCAGAACUCCAAAGGGAACGAGGUGGAUCAGCAGGACCUGGGCACGGCCCUGACGCUGGUCAAGGACCUGAUCUCGGCCAUCGACCAGGAGGUGCACGAGUCCGAGAAGAACGCGCGGCUGCAGGAGAUCUACGGGCGCGUGGACGGGCGGUCCAAGGCCCAGCUGGACUGGGAGGGCCACAGCGCCUCCUUCUGCAAAGACGAGUUGCUGCGCCGGAAGCUGGUGCACGACGGAUGCCUGCUGUGGAAGACGGCGGCCGGGCGCUUCAAAGAUGUCCUGGUGCUGCUGAUGACCGACGUCCUCAUUUUGCUCCAGGAGAAGGACCAGAAAUUCACCUUCCCUGCCCUGGACAAGCCGGCGGUGAUCUCCCUGCAGAACCUGAUCGUCCGGGACAUCGCCAACCAGGAGAAGGGCAUGUUCCUGAUCAGCGGCACCCCGCCGGAGAUGUACGAGGUCCACGCCGCCUCCCGCGACGACCGCAACACCUGGAUGAAGAUCAUCCAGCAAACCGUCCGCCUGUGCCCCAGUCGCCAGGAUUUCCCCCUGAUCGAGACUGAGAGCGAGGCCACCCUGCGCAAGCUGAAAGACCAGAUGGCGCAGCGGGACCGGGAGAUCACGGAGCUGCUGGAGGAGAAGGUGGAGCUGUUUGCGGAAAUGCUCAGCCUGCGGAGCGGCUGCGAGGACCCCCCAGCCUGCCCGACCCCCCGCACCCUCUUCCGGGCCGAGUCUUUGGACGGGCCCCGCGGAGAGAAGCUGCUCCGCAAAGCCAUCCGCGAAGUGGAGUGUUUGAAGGAUCUUUUCGUGGGAGCCGUGAGGGACCGAGACCAGAACCACCCUGCUGAUCCCGACGGCGGCUCCGGCACCGGCUCCGACACCCCGAACGGCGAGACCAGCAGCCUCAACGGCUCCCUGGAGUUCUGCAGGGCCGACUCCGACCAGCGGGAUGGGAAUGGUAACCAGCUGCAGCAGAAGGUACCCCAUGAGGAGGUGAUUCACCGGCUUGUGGCACUCUACGCCCUCCUCCAUGGCCUGCAGGCCGCUGUGGUUCAGCAGGACUCCAUCCUGGAGCUGCACCUCUACGACGGGGGCGGCCGGCAGGAGAAGCUGUCACGCGCCAACUCCCGCAAGGGGGCGCCGGGGGACGCGGCCGUGGCCAAGGGCCCGGAGAAGCAGGCCACGGAGCUGGCGCUGCUGCAGAGGCAGCACACCCUACUCCAGGAGGAGCUGAGCCGGUGCCGCCAGCUGUGCCAGGAGAAGGUGCAGGAGGCCGGGGCGCUGGAGGCGCGGCUGCGGGAGAGCGAGCAGGAGCGGGCCCGGCUGGAGCGCGAGGCGGAGGAGGCCCGCAGGCAGGUGGCCGCAGGCGCUGCCGAGGCGGUGUGGGUCCGGAAGGGGGCGGAGCCUCGGAGGCGGAGCCUGCCCGCGGGGGACGCCCUGUAUCUCAGCUUCACCCCGCCCCAGCAGAGCCGAGGGAGCAACCACGGGAACCUGUUGCCAAGCGACUGUGCCUUAGGCGACGGCCCCGCCCAGCUGCAGGAGGGCGACGAGGACUUUGAGGCGCUGUCUGAGGACGAGGGCGUGGCCAGCCAUCCGUCUCCGCCUCCCAGCCCUCGAGAUUUUUCGAGGAUGCAGGACAUUCCUGAGGAGGUGGAGAGCAGCCAGGAGGUCAAGGAUGGAGAGGGCGGUUCCUUGGACAGUUAG